AUGGACCGAGAUCAUUUUUGGGCGGCAUCAGCGCUGCUGCAGUGCCAAGAUCAACCAACCAGCCUUCAUGGGCUCUCGGAGGGUGCCGACGACCUUACGCAACUUGGUGCUGUUGGCACUGGCACUCCCCUGCCCCAGUGCCCGACUUCUCUUGAGAAUGACCUCCCGACCACUGCCUGCCACCAGCAGUAUAUCUGCCACCACCACCACCACCACCAUCUCUCCUCCUCCUCCUCCUCCUCCUACCCCUCCCUCCGCCUUCCCUCCUAUCCUCCUGCUCCUCUUCCCACAUACUUUUCCACCACCACCUACUCUUUCUCCUCCUCCUCCUCCCCCUCCUCCUACUUUUCUAUAACGACUCCCUACUCCCUUCCUCUCCUCUUCCCCUCCCUAAACUCCCCUCAUUCUUCGACCUCCCACCUAAUCCCUCCCCCUUCCCCCACCUCCUCCGAACCCCCUUCACCUAAGCCCCUCUCACCCCAUCCCCUUCACCAACAACCCUCUCCCACCCCCCCACCUCCUUCACCUAAACCCCUCUCCCACCCAUCCCCCCCUCCAGGUUGUGGGGUUAUAACUGGGAUUACUCCCGUACCAUUACCUCUGAACUGUUAUUCCCCUACUUUGCCUAUGAACUAUUACUCCCCACCUUUACCUCUGAACAACUGUUUCCCUUUGGAAGGAGGCUCCGUUAGUGAAACAGUAAACAAAGAGAAUCCUUCUUGA